AUGGGACGGUUUUCCGACAAGCUUGCUGGGCAGAAAAUUGCUAUCAUUGGCGGUUCCUCCGGAAUCGGCUUUGGUGCUGCUGAAAUCCUGCUUGAUGCCGGUGCUCAUGUGGUUGUCAUCUCCUCAGCAACGGACAAUGUGCAGAGUGCCGUCGAGCGCUUGAAUAGCCCAAACGUAACAGGCAGAGUAGGAGAUUCGCUCGCGCCUCUUGACCAUAUUAUCUUUUCGAGCGUUGACAAGAUCAUCCGCGGCAGUCUCGCAGAUACUGAUCUGACUGGCGCGAAGGAUUUGUUUGGUGUAAAGUUCUGGGGUAGUAUUGUCACAGCAAAAGCUGUCGCAAAGCACGGCAUCAUCAAGCCUGGAGGCUCGCUCACUCUGACAUCUGGUCUCGCCGGGAUACAGCCCGGGAAAGGUGCCGCGAUUGGAGGUGCCCUCAAUGGUGGACUACUAUCCUUGACCAAAGGGCUGGCUGCCGAGCUGUCCGAUGACAAAGUCCGCGUCAACACUGUUGUGCCGGGGCUGGUGAAGACGGAGCUCUGGGGUAAGCUGGGACACAGCAAAGAGAAACAACAGGAGAUUUUUGAAGGACGCGGUAAGGAGCUCCCAGUGGGCUUCGUCGCGACGCCAGACCACAUCGCCGAGGCUUACCUCUACGCUGUCCGAGCAGACUAUGCAACUGGGACUCUCAUUGUCAUUGAUGGUGGAAAUCUAGUCUUGUAG